AUGAGAAGCAACUUUUUCCAGGAAACAUUGUUUGGUAUCAUUAUAAGAAAAUUAUCCAAUAAAAAAUUCUUGAAGCAUUCGUAUGAAACAAGAGAAUAUGUUUCAGAAAAGUCUCAGGAAUAUUCUGGUCUAUUUUCAUUGAGUCUGGAUAUUGACAUAAGCAAGAAACAAGAGAUCAUAGAGAUAACUUGGGAUAAUGCAAAAGAUCCCGAAAAUCCCAAAAACUGGUCAACUUUCAAACAAAGUUUAUUUUGCUUCCAAGUUUCGUUUUUAACGCUUGCUGUUUAUUUGGCAUCAGCUAUUUAUGUUCCGGGAAUUGAAGAUAUUCAAGAGGCAUUUAAUGUGGGUCAUGUUGCAGCUACACUUCCAUUGACUUUAUUCGUGUUUGGAUAUGGGUUUGGUCCAAUGAUAUUCUCCCCCAUUUCUGAAAAUGCAGAGGUUGGAAGAAUGCCAUUGUAUAUUUCUUCGUUGCUUAUUUCUGUCCUCUUACAAAUUCCACUAGCGUUGGCUCACAAUUUUGCAGGACUAUGUAUAUUACGUUUUCUAACUGGAGUUUUCGCCUCCCCCUGUCUAUCAAUAGGACCUGCUGCUGUAUGUGAUGUGUUGAGUGUUGCGUAUGGACCUAUUGGAAUUGGACUAUGGUCCGUUGCUGCAGUUUCAGGUCCUUCGUUCGGUCCAUUAAUUGGCUCUGUUUUAGUGGUGAAAACGAGUUGGAGAUGGACAUUUUGGAUAUUGUGCAUACUAGACGGGUUUGCUUUGGUAUUGGUUUUUUUCUUCUUUCCUGAGACUAAUGAGAAUGCCUUAUUACACCGUAAGGCUGUUCGGUUACGCAAGAUGAUUGGGAAUGAAAAUAUUGUUAGCCGCAGCGAACUAACCACUCACCAGAUGACGCUCAACGAAAAAAUCAUUGAUACUUUAUGGAGACCAAUCGAAAUCACAAUCCGCGAGCCAAUGGUAUUUAUGGUCCACAUAUACUUGUCAUUGGUGUAUGCAAUUAUGUAUUUGUGGUUUGAAUGUUUCCCAAUCGUAUUCCAGGAGGUCCAUAAUUUCAGUUUAGUGUUGACUGGAGUGGCCUACAUGGGUGUUAUCAUUGGUAGUUUGAUUGGAAGUAUCAUUUAUACUACCUUAACCUAUCAUAUUUUCACACGAAAGGUACUAAGAGGUGAAGAUGUUCGUCCUGAAGUUUUCAUUCCCAUGACUAUAUUUUCUGCUAUGGCAAUGUCCAUUGGGGUCUUCAUCUUUGGUUGGACUGCAUCACCUAGCAUACACUGGGUAUUUCCUAUUAUAGGAUCAGCGAUUUUUUCUCUUGGGGCAUUUAUAACCUUUCAAGCAUUGUUCAAUUAUCUUGCUAUGUCGUUUUUGAGGUUCGUUGCUUCUGUGUUUGCUGGUAAUGCAUUGUUCAGGUCUUUCAUCGGAGGUGCCUUGCCAUUAGUUGGUAGAAGAAUGUUUUUGAAUUUGGGUCCCGAAAAAUUUCCGGUUGGCUGGGGUUGUAGUAUCAUGGGGUUUAUUGCUGCUGCUAUGGUAUCCAUUCCAAUAUUGUUCAAUUCAAAAGGGUCUAAGCUUCGAGCUAGAUCAAAGUACGCUGAUUAG